UAACUGUAAACGUUUUAUAAAUAAUAAUUAUGUACUAAGUGUAAUUGUUAUAUAUUUCUUUAUAUUUAUUGUUCGUUGUGAAAUGCCAUUUCAAUUGGACGCGAAUGAAAAAGGUCAGGAUAAUGAACGAGAGAUUCCAAAUUAUCGGAACACCUAUCGUCUAGAAGCUUAUAAUCCUUUUAAAGUGGAUCCAGUGGAUAAGAUUGUAAAGAUGAUAAUGAUUAAUAAGCUCGAAGAUAUUCCUUAUGAUGCUGUGGAGUGUCCAAAAGUUUGUGAAUCGGUGGCUACAGAUAUUAGGGAAAAAAUAAAGCAAUUACACUUUGACAGGUACAAGAUUAUAGUCAAUGUGACUAUUAUUGAGAAGGCAAGCCAGUCCGUAGAAGCUUCAAUUGGGUUUCUCUGGGACGCUGAAAAGGAUAAUUAUUCUACAUUUACAUACGAAGCACGAACAUUUCACGCUUACUGCUUUGUAAUCGGCCUUUACUACGAAUAAAUUGUACUUAAGUGUUACAGUUGUCACGCGUAAUGUUGCCUCGCCCUUCUUCGACUUUUACAGUAAUUCCAAUCACUCUUAUUUCAUUGCCAAUUAUUUAUUUUAAAGAAACGUUAAAAUCUUAAGAUUGACUCUCGCAUCACAAAUAUACAACACGUUUUCUAUUGUUUUCGAUUUUCAAAUACACCAGUGAAUAAUAAUGAGAAACAUUAUGUAUAUGUACAACAAUAAUUACAUUCAACAGGU